UAUUUUUAGUAUAGAGCAAAUUAGAAUAGCUAGAUUGGGUGUGGGAAGUAAAAUGUCAAAAGGAAAAAAACGAGAGACAAUAAGGUUUUAAAGACAAGAACAUUUGUUCUCUUUGAGUGCCAUGGCUGUUUGUUUAUAAGGGACUUAACCAGCAACAUUAUUUUUCAGUUUUGGUUUUAAAGGGAAUGUAAUCCUAAAAUAAACAACUGUAAGGGGUGGAGAGGAGAGAGGAGAUCCCUAACUGCUACUCAGUGGUAGUCCAUGUGCCCCCUGCUGGGGUAUGUGGGACAUUCUCAGAAGGGUGGGGAAUACUUGUUCCUAGCCUAGGAAUACUUCCCAGCACAGUGGAAACUGACCCUAUUUUGUGGGGAAGACAGCAGAUGGUGCCAGAGACUGACACUAAUCAAUCCUUGGGCCCUUGAGGGAAGUGGGGGCAUGUAGGAUAAAGAUGGAAAAUUGGACAAAGAUCUGUGGUAACCAGGUAUUGCCCCUGCCUGGGCCAUUGCUCCCACACUCAGGAACUAGACUUUAUGGUUUAGGACAUGCCGUGCCUCCUGCCAAGUUAAUAACUUCCUCCCCUAAGCUGGAAUCCUGCCCCAGGCAAGAAUAUAGCUCCACACCUAUAACCACUCCUGCUCGGUCUGCUUGUCAAAACUAUCCUGCAGUUCAAGAUCAGAUCCCUUCCUGGGGUUUCAGGCAUCCUGCAGGAACCACCCCUCUCUCCUGAAUUCAAUAAUGAAGGCCUAUAAGCUUGUAGGCGUGCUGGUCAUGGUGGGCUUCACAGUGGGAAAGGGUCCUGUUCCCCAGGUCCGGAUCUGCCACUUGUGCCUCUUAGAAGAUCCUUCUGUAGGAUGCAUUUCGGGCUCUGAGAAGUGCACCAUCAACGGCUUAUCCCCAUGCAUGGUGAUCACCAUCUAUAAUAAUAACAAGGUUCGCUUCCUUAUCCGAGGCUGUGGACAGUACAACUCCUACCGCUGCCAAGAAAAACACAGCACCUACUCCUCAGAGUACUGGUAUGAGGCCCAGUGCUGCCAGUAUGAUUACUGCAACGCCUGGUAUAGCCCCCAGCUCCAGAGCUCCCUGCCUGAAUCCCCCAAGAGGCCCAUAAUCUGGCCCCUGUCCAACUCCCAGAUCUACCAGUUCUACCAGGCCCUCAACCUCUCAUUGCCCCUGCCAAGCUUUGAUGCUAGGAAGGAGCCUAAAGGCCAGGACCCCCUGGUCACUCUGCCCGCCGAGCUGGGCUUGUCCAUUGCUGACCUGCGCCACAUGUACUUGUUCCUCAACAGUUCAGGACUUCUGGUUCUUCCCCAGGCUGGACCCUGACACCUUCCCUUUCAAAGAUUCCACUCUUCCAGAGCCUUUCCUUAACACAGCAUCUUGUAGAACCCUCAGAGAAUACUACAUCCUCUGACCCUAUGAUCUCUUUGGAUUCCCUCCUUUGGACCUCCAGUGUCUGUAUAGUUUUGGUUUAAUUUCCUCCCAGGAACCCUGGUGCUGCCUUUCUUUCUCCUAGUAAAGAAUCUCAAGUGUGGAUUCUGCCCAGAUUGACCUGAGAAAGGCACAGAGGUUCCCAUCAUCUGAGUGUUUUACCUUUCCCUCCUCUCAUUCUGGUCACCUGCCACAUCCACUCAGAUCUGGUACUAUAUCCCCUGUCUUUUGCCUAUCUCUAAGAGUUAGUGCCAGACUGAACUAGCAGCAAAAAGGACUAAGGGUAGAAUGCUGUGAAGAUUUUCUGACAUGACAAUCUAGUGUUCCUGCCUCAUUAUCUCUACCCCUCUCCUGUCCUAGUUUCCUGUUGCCUGUGACCUUUUUUUCACAAUGUUUGUCCUCCUCAGCCGCAUUCCACCUCACUGAGUACUGAUACCCAUGUCCAUUGGUGGCUGGUGAGAGGAAAUGGGAGGGUUUGUCCUACUUUGCUCUA